GGGCGGGUCAGCCGACGGGAGCCUGUGCUGGCUCUCACCGCCGGGCUUUAGCUACAAUAUCAGCUCUAACGGCGCUCUACGUGCGGGGAACGACCAGCCUCUGUGGCCAGUACAGCCCCAACAUGGUCUGAGUCCAACACAGAGACAGCCGCGGAAGAUCUCGUCUGUUGAAAGGUUUUAUCAAGGCCCGAAGACAACAGCCAUGGAGCGCCCCUGAACACAUCUUGAUCACAUGGGUAUUGCUCCUAUCCUGUGCUGACCCCAUGGUUUAAUCACCAGGACUCAAAAUGAGCAUAAGCAGCGAUGAGGUCAAUUUCUUGGUUUACAGAUACCUGCAAGAGUCAGGCUUCUCCCACUCAGCGUUCACCUUUGGCAUAGAGAGCCACAUCAGCCAGUCCAACAUCAACGGAGCUCUGGUGCCCCCUGCUGCCCUCAUCUCCAUCAUUCAGAAGGGACUGCAGUAUGUGGAAGCUGAAGUCAGCAUCAAUGAGGACGGGACCUUAUUUGACGGACGGCCCAUUGAGUCGCUGUCUCUGAUCGAUGCUGUGAUGCCAGAUGUAGUUCAGACCCGGCAGCAGGCCUACAGAGACAAGCUGGCCCAGCAGCAGGCGGCGGCGGGCAGCGGCAGCAGCACAGGGCCCCAGGGAAACACCAAGAACGGAGAGGGAGCCGCCAAUGGAGAGGAGAACGGAUCACACGCCUUAGCCAAUCACCACUCGGAGAUGAUGGAGGUGGACAGGGAUGUGGAGAUCCCGCAAAAUAAAGCCAUGGUCUUGAGGGGCCACGAAUCCGAAGUUUUCAUCUGUGCCUGGAACCCCGUGAACGACCUCCUCGCGUCCGGGUCCGGGGACUCGACGGCUCGGAUCUGGAACCUGAGUGAAAACGCCACGGGCGGAUCCACCCAGCUGGUUCUGAGACACUGCAUCAGAGAGGGGGGCCAGGACGUCCCCAGCAACAAGGACGUCACCUCACUAGACUGGAAUAGCGAGGGCUCGUUGCUGGCGACAGGUUCUUACGACGGCUUUGCUCGAAUCUGGACAAAAGACGGCAACCUGGCCAGUACUUUGGGUCAACACAAAGGCCCUAUAUUUGCACUCAAGUGGAAUAAGAAAGGAAACUUCAUUCUCAGUGCUGGUGUCGACAAGACGACAAUUAUUUGGGAUGCACACACGGGAGAAGCAAAACAGCAGUUUCCUUUCCACUCAGCACCUGCUCUGGACGUGGACUGGCAGAGCAAUAACACGUUUGCCUCCUGCAGCACAGACAUGUGCAUCCAUGUGUGCAAGCUGGGUCAGGACAGACCUGUCAAGACCUUCCAGGGACACACGAAUGAAGUGAACGCCAUCAAGUGGGAUCCCACCGGCAGCCUGUUGGCCUCCUGUUCUGAUGACAUGACACUUAAGAUCUGGAGUAUGAAGCAGGAUACGUGUGUCCAUGACCUCCAGGCACACAGUAAAGAAAUCUACACCAUUAAGUGGAGCCCUACAGGCCCCGGGACCAACAACCCCAGUGCAAACCUUAUGCUGGCCAGCGCAUCAUUUGAUUCAACAGUGCGUCUCUGGGACGUGGAGUGCGGGGUGUGUAUUCACACGCUGACCCGCCACCAGGAGCCCGUCUACAGCGUGGCCUUCAGUCCCGAUGGCAGGCACCUCGCCAGCGGCUCGUUCGACAAGUGUGUCCACAUCUGGAACACUCAGACAGGUGCUUUAGUUCACAGCUACCGGGGGACAGGAGGGAUCUUCGAGGUGUGCUGGAACGCUACGGGGGAUAAAGUAGGAGCCAGCGCGUCGGAUGGAUCAGUUUGUGUACUAGACCUGAGGAAAUGACGCACGUGUGGGAGCCAUGGACCGACUACGAAUGUGUACAUAGCCAAAAGACUGUCCCUGCCUGUCCACCACACUGCUGUAGUCCUAUGGCCCGCCGCCGCCGCCAGCUGGAGCCGGCUGGAGCGCUCCCUCCCUCAUGUACACGCGAGGACCACGCAUCAGCCACGGUUUCUACGAACAAGCAUCAGACACACACCUGUCCUGCUCCGCAGACCUUCAGGAAGAACGCUCUCCCUGUCACAGCGCAGACACGCCGGACCCGUCACGAGCAAACCAAAACUCCAGGAUUCUUCGUGCUUUCCUCUUUUUAUCUGUUGUGUCAGAAUUGUUCAGAUUGUGUUCUCCGUUGGUGUGUGCAUAUUGCAUAUGUCAGCAUUUUUUUGUCCUGUGGACAUUGUUUUUUUGUUGAAUUUGGAUUUUACUGAUCUCUUUUUGAAUUUACAAUGGGGGGUGGGAGAGAAGAGAGGGGAAGCCAAGUCAUUUGUCUUUUAAAAGCGGAUAUUCAAAGUUGUCGAUUUGGGAGAUCCAUUGAUUUACUUCUGCUCCCUUCAGGAGGGGAGGAUGCUAACGUACUGCUCAGACGAUGAACUAUUCCUCCAGAAUUGUUCUGUUUAUGCCAUUUUAAGUAAUCAAAGAGUGAACGGCCCUUUGCAGCUUUUAUUAGCUAGAAGCUGUUUUUCUGCGGCGCUCACCGACAGACGGAUCUGGAGCCGGCGGACGACGUUUAGCCCGAUCCGUGUAAUCACAGCUCCCCGGCUCGGUCAACUCUGCAAGCGGCCGAUGGGACGUGUUUGAAGUCGGGACGUGUUUGUGCUCGUACCGUCUGCAGCUCAUUUUAUAUUUGCAGCUUUGCUGUGCAGCACAGACACCAGAACACACUACAGUCCACGCUAUGGUUUCCUGUUGACGUGCGGUCGUCGCCCCCGCGUCAAAACACCAACACGCUCUCUCCAGACUCAGGCCCGUGCUCGGGUGCAGGGCGCUUUUCUAGUAGCCAGUAGAGUUUGCAUUUUGAGGUAAAACAGACUCAGCAUAGGACGUGAUGGUUACAAUGGGGGGCUGCUUGCGAUACAUAUUUAUACAUAUAGAUAUUUACAGGUGGAGAUAUAUCUGUCACAGGAGAUUCCUCUAUAUGCCAAGGGGGGAUUUUAAAGAAACUGAAUGCUUGAAAUAUGGUUGGAGGUUGUUGUUCAUCACUGCAGGUUCCCCUUAAACAGUCAUAGAUGAUAGAAAAGAGCAGCCCUUUUGAAGGGAGGUGUUGUUUUCAUGCACUUUAGACUAAAAACGAGUGAGGAGGACGUGUGACGUCGUCAUCGUCUGACAACAUGCUGUUGAGGAACCAGUGGUGAUGCAGACGGUGCAGGCUGUCGUUGGGUAAAUACGGUUAACAAUAUUCCACACAUAAGCCUGAACCAAGCCAGCUUUGUGGCGUUUCAGGUCUUUCUAGUUGCCAUGACGACAUCUAAAGGCCGGACAUCUGCACACGUCAGCUGACAUUUCAAAUGUUUUGUUCAGACUCAGUUUACAAGAAUUUUGUACGGAAACUUAAAGACUUGUUGUUUGGGACCGUUUCACAGGACGUCUGAAGCCCCUACAGACGUGGAAUAGUUAACAUUCAUCAGCUUCUUGUUGAGAUGUUCAGGAUUCAGUCAUGGGUUACUUCUCCAUGAAUGUUCAUGUUUCAUUCAGACAGACAUGUAACGGCGUCACCGUGUGAGCGCGACGUUUGCCGUCAGCUUUCUCCCGUCAUCAGGUUGUAUUUGCCAUAAUCGUCAUGCCAAGUGCACAGUAGAUGUGGAAAACAUGAACACAGCAUGUUUCCACCCGUCUAAAGGAGACUUUAUGGGCCCUUUCGUCAAAGGUGGAAGAUGUUUUCCGGAAAUCCAAAUGAAAUAUGUCGCCUGUUUUCAGAAUAUCACACAGAGAAACUUCAGUGGAGUCUCCAGCUGUGUUCACAGACGGCGGUUCUGGCUCCAGCCCGCGUUACUGAUUGAUCCGGCGCGGUACCCGCUUCAGACGUACAGCAUAUGCAGCAAAAUGGGAAAGUUGGCGGCGUAAAGAGAUGGCAAAACUGGAUAUCGGUCCUCAGAUCUGGGUCUGUGAUGUCACAGUACCCUGCAGAUUCAAGCUUCUCCCUAAGAGAGAUUUUCACAUCAUGUCGGCCACAAGUCGUGUUAUCUUUACGUUUUUAUGGUGGUAAAGGCUCCAAGCACCCAAAUGAAUUAAAGUACAUGUAUUUUCUUCUUAAAGUGUCUUAUUCAUCUGAGGACAUCUUCAAUAUCAACUUUGUCAGAUGAAUACCCACAAUACCACACCAAACUCCUCUCAGAUAUCACCGCUGGACGAGAGCAGGUGAAAAUAUAGAUUUGUAAUCAGACGUUGACUGUUGUCCUGCAGCUCAGAAGCUUUUAGGCGGCGUUCUCUCUGCGCUGCAGAGCGCCGGGACGGGGUUGUUGCACUGUUUUCAUCACAAUGACCUGCCGCUGCUGCCAGCGUUUGUGCGGCCCAGACUCGUGUCCCGACGGAGGUCACACAUGCUGGGAGAAGCGGUCUGGACUGGUUUAUAAAGCAGUUACAACACAAGUCACUCAGACCAAGACAUUUCCAAGCAGAUUACGAGACAGCGGUGCAGGUCUGGAGGGGGCUUCUCACCACGGAAAGGUGUUUUGUAAUGGUUUGUUUUUAGAUGAGCUUUUUACACAGCGUUCAAGUGUGUUUGCUUAUUUUUGUUCCUACCGAAAGUACUAAUGUUAAUCUAUCUUUGCUAUGUCGGAGAGCCCUCAAAGGUUUUGUACUCAUCAAAACUUUUGUAAUUUUGAUUUAUUUGUAGAUACAUACUUAAAAUGAACAAAAAAUAUAGGAAGACUUUAAUUGUUGGUGUAUUAUAACACAGAACAUGUAAAUACAAAUGUUCAGAUUUUUUUUUUUUUGUGUCUUUUCCCUGAUCUACGUUUUACUCUCUUUCUCUCUCACUCUCACGGUUGCAGUCUGCAGAUUCCUCAUCGGACUGUUGUAAUAUCACUCAGAUCUCGAGGUCUAGAAUAAAGUCUAUUUUGAUAA